UCGACAUCGCCGUCUCUCGCCCAAUGUGCACCAACUAUCAUCAUGUAUCGCCGGCACACUGUGUAGUGACGUCGUCGACGUCAUUUUAUCCACGCGACUAGGGUUCGAGCAGCGACCUGCGUCCCCAACAACCAAAUGCCCCCACUGCGUCAGCGUGGCCCGUUACCUGUUGUGUGGUUUGUGCUGGUUGCUGUCCUCUGUUGUCCUGGGGGGGCCUGGCAUCCCCAAGGGGCCCUGCGACCAGCGCCCUCCCAUGACCUCCCGGUCAUCGACCUCAUCGAAUCCCCCGACCGCAUGUACGACCCCGGGCCUCAAGACCUCGAUCCCGUUCACCUGAAGAAGCUGCUGGGGCACCGCUUCGACGCCAAUGUCAUGUCAUUGCACAGACCCAAAGAAAGCAUACGACAUCCAAACGGUACACUCCAACCAGGAUUCCGCCUCAAGCGCGGCCGCCUUGUUCCCAAGAGCAAGAUGCCGCGCGAUAUCCAGAAGCUACGUCUUCGUAACCUCCACUUUCCCGGUGGACAUAACGUCCGCCUCGACGCCGGACGUCGAUUGCGACGCAAGAUGCGGCAACUGCUGUGGACAUACACAUACUGUCCCCUGGUGUACCGCUGGAAGGACCUUGGCAUAAGAUUUUGGCCUCGAUGGAUACGCGAUGGGCGAUGCUACAACGGCAGGUCCUGUUCGUUUCCCGCGGGCAUGACGUGCAAGGAGAAGUCCUCAGCGGAAAAGACCAUACUUCGAUGGCACUGUCGGGACUGGCUGACACGUACCGACUGCCGGUGGAUUCCUGCAACCUUAACGAUACUUGUGGAGUGUGUGUGUGCGUGCUAAAUGUGACAUCCAGAGCGUGAAAGAGACAUCUUGAUAAUGCUGAACGCCGGACGUCUGGUGUGACAUCUGACCUGUCGUAUGGCACCCUAAUGUGAGUGCUGUACAGGUCCAUUUCAGUCAGGCCGGAUUGAUAGCUUGGACCCUGACAGAGGUUGUAUGCCACAGCAGGUCGCAUAGAAUACAAGAAAUCGCUAAAGCGCAAUAGCUAUGCAGUCUGAGGAACUGUAGGCAUUCUCGUGAAGUACACAGCAAUGGCUCUCCUCCUGUGCAAGGCCUAUAGCUUGGGACAUGUUUUGUGCAAUAAUUCAUUGGCCUCGUUCUGACAUGCACGGGAUUUCGUCGUACCUUGAGACGCCCAUGUGGCCGUCCAGCCUUGAGGCACCCUACAACUUGAGUACAUGCUCAGAGAAUGUCCAUGACGAGGUACUUCGUGUUGCAUCCAGUUCUUCUAGGCUUAGGAUGCCUUGAUUGCUACUGUACCUCUGUCGUCCCUUACAGAUGAGUGCCAUGUUCUAAAGGCAUAUUGAUCUCAUAUAUGCGACCAGUGUUCCUAUAUCCUCAGGAAAGUGACACUACUCUGAACAAAAAAGCACGUACGAUUAUACGUGAUGUCGUGUUCGUGGUCGUUGCCAAUGUGUAUCUACGUCGCCAGUGCGAAAGUCUACGACUGUACUGUGGUGAAGACUGCAUCGACACUGGGCAGGUCAAGUGGUAGCGACGACCUCGCAAGUGACGACCACCUGGAAGAAGGGACGUUGUCCAUGGUUGACCACCUCCAGGACUGCCGCGUGUUCGGAAACAAGAAAAACGCAUUCCCAUCUCCAUGAACGUUGUUAUUUAUAUAGGAGUUACACGUGAUCAUAACAUAACGGUCCACGCAAUAGUGCUCUAUUUACACUGCGUAAUAUUAGUGAAAUAGAACUAAGGUAAACCCUCGCUAUUACGAAGUAAAUGGGACUGGGGGGAAAAAUUCGAUAUAAGAGGCAUAAACACGGUGGCAGUACAGCCACGGAAGAAAUUCGAUAUACGAGGCAUAAAACACGGUGGCAGUAUAGCCACUUAAGAAAUUCGAUAUACGAGGCAUAAAACACGGUGGCAGUAUAGCCACGGAAGAACGUCGAAAGCGUUAAAUGGUAUACAUGCAGGGAAACUGGCAAACCUAGUGAGCAGUAACCUUGGCAGUCUUUUACACUAUACCGGGUGUCUUAGUUAAAUCCC